UUGGCGCGGCUGCAUGACAAGCGGGAAAUUGAAGCGUUCCACUAGUGCGUAGAAAGUGUCAGUUAUGGUUCGAAAUGCGGUUGAAAAAAAAUCACAUAGUGACAAAAGGAAAGGGAAAAGCCCCCAGAAGCGCAGUUUCUCAACAGCUGAAGUGAUAUACAGUAAUGCUAAAAGAUCAGCUCCUGUUGAUGAAGGCAGUGCACGAAAAAGGAGGAAAUAUAGACCAGGGACUAGAGCUCUGAUGGAAAUUAAACAUUACCAAAAGACAACUCAUCUCUUACUCAGAAAAAGUCCUUUCUUCAGGGUGGUCAGAGAAAUUGCUGACAAGUUUUACCAGCAGGUAGAGUUAAGGUGGCAGGCAACAGCAUUGCUAGCAUUACAGGAGGCAGCAGAAGCAUUCCUUGUUAGACUUUUUGAGGAUGCUAAUUUGUGCGCCAUCCAUGCCAAAAGAGUCACUGUCAUGCCCAGGGACAUGCAGCUGGCCAGGCGAAUCCGUGGACGACAUGAUGGGCUUGGUUGAUUGAAAAUGAAUAUUUCAUCACUUCAUAAACCAAACUAUGGAAGAGCACUUUUAUUUUUUAAAAAGAUGUAUUUUACUUCAUGUAAUAUUUUUUGAGCAACUUUUAGUUUUUCUAUUUUUCUAUUUUGUUUUAUGUAACUUAAAUGCAUGCUUGAAGUAAAUUUUAAAUCACUUUGAAUGUUUGAACUGAGUGCUGUAAUUAUUUAACGGAACUUCUCAUACAUCAGAAGGAAAUAAAAUUAUUUACUAGAC